AUGUAUCUUUCGACUCUCAUCUUUCUCGCAGGGAGCGCGGCACUGGUUGCGGCGGAGGGAUGUCACGGCGAUAACCUCCUCCGGGCCAUGGAGCGGCACAACGGGACGAGAUACUGUUUAAUGCUCUUAGACUCUGGUAACACGACUGCCGCCCUGAGCUCACCUGAUGGUGUUCCAACGACUUAUCCUGCCGUUUCCGUCUCGUCGGCCUGUUCCUGUCUUCUGGGUCUCGACUCAACAUCUCAGGCGCCGUGCCAUUCAAUUGGUGCAACUGCAACACCAACACCAGCCGCCGAGUAUUCGACACGUGGAAGCGAUGAAUCAGGAGCACCUGACCCAGCUCCAUCCACGAUAGUCUCGGAUACCCUAGGCAUCCCAACCACAACCCACGCAACAUUCGACGGCGGCUACUCUUACUCACUCCCCGGCCCUACCGCACCAUCCCAAACAGCCUCAACGUGCGGCUGGGGCGAGACGACCACCAUUGUUCAAGUCAUUGAGACGCAAGUCAGCACCAUUUAUAUAUACAGCUCGGGGAUUCCCAACACAAGCAGCGCGCAAAGUCUGUCUUCAAUCAGCGACGGGGACAGCGGUGGUCGGCCCGGGCCCCCGACGACGACGGUAACCAUCAGCGGCGAAUCUAGCGGAACCGCUUCUGGUUUCGUGUCUACUAUUACGUUGACUGGGAACUCUACCGUUGGCCUUCCUACGCGGCCACAGACAUCUAUCGAGUCGACGGCGGCGGUGCCGAGGCUGACUACUAUCACCAGCGGCAACUACACGACGGUCAAGACGAUCUCUGACAUGGUGUCCGACUCAAGUUCUACUAGAAUUGCAGAGACUAUCACGUCGGUCAUCAACGGGGUCACGACAACUAUCACCGGAGCUCCCCUUUCAUCGUCUUCAAUCAGCAGCCUCACAAACACGUUGCCUGAUGGAGCCUCUUCUUGGGGUCUGUCUUGGAUUUCCAAAUCCACUGGUUCUUCUAUCAACCAGACAAUCGUCGCGACGCCCACUCUACCACUUACCACCGCAGUAACCACAAUCACGAGUGAUGUCGGCGGAGUGGGAUCUACUUGGGUGGUCACCCUCGGCAGCAGCACCAGCGGCGGGCUUUCCCCCAACAGCAGCACAACUAGUCAACUCUUGGAGCCAUCAGAAACUACAUCAGAAGCCUUUACUGUGUUCACGAGCAUCAUCAAUGGUGCGGCUUCGACGUGGACGGUCAUUGGGGGCUCGACUCUAACCGGCUCUCCCAACUCUACGAUGUCUACAUCAUCGCCGGGCCUCUCUCAGACUCCUGAAUUUAGCAUCAUCACAAGCGUCAUUGGUGGAGUCGCCUCUACUUGGACAGUAAUCGGAGGUUCAACUGUUGGCUCUUCGUCCAACGGGAGCGCGGUUCCAACGCCUUCCCCGACUCCAUCCGCAACAGAGACUGGCGCAUUCAGCGUCAUCACAAGCGUGAUUGGUGGUGUUGGAUCAACAUGGACCGUCAUUGGGGGUUCGACACUGGUUGGUUCGCCGACUCCAUCUGCAACUCCCUCUGUGAUCACGAGCAUUGUUGAUGGUGUUGCUUCGACUUGGACUGUAAUUGGCGGUUCCACACUGUCUGCCAACCCCAGUGAAACAGCACCAACUCCAUCUCCAUCCGGAGGAGCCACAGUCGUUACGAGCGUUGUCGGAGGCGUCGGUUCAACCUGGAUUAUCAUUGGGGGCACGACCAUCAGUAAGCCAACCAAUGCCACGGACUCUAUUGCUACUCCUACCACGACUGGUGGCGCCGUCGUCAUCACAAGCAUUAUCGGAGGCAUCGCUUCAUCGUGGACGGUCAUCGGGGGCUCGACAGUCAGCCCCAGCCCCAUCGCAACAUCUACCUCAUCCGAUCUGCCACCGGGUGCUACAGUCAUCACUAGUGUGAUUGGAGGCAUCGCCUCCUCUUGGACAGUGAUUGGGGGCUCAACCAUCUUCGGUUCAUCCAACGCCACCGCUGGAUCACCCAUCGCAACCGCUACACCUACAGUAUUCACUAGUGUCAUUAACGGCGUGGCUUCGACAUGGACGGUCAUUGGCGGUUCAACCAUCUUUGGUACCCUGAAACAAGGCUCUCCGAGUCCGACAGUGUCCGCGGUCACUCUGACCGGCGGCGCCACAUUCGUGAGCACCCUCAAUGGAACGAGCCCAACAGCGGGUACCCCAUCACCGGUGACUGGCUCUCCAUCUGCGCCAACAAGCACCUCAGCAACCUCGACCUCAGGCUACAACUCAGCUUUCACUGGCAUCUCUGUCGUUGUGGCACAAAACGCGACUUCGUGCUAUGCCCUUCCCACACCCAUAACAUUGCUCCACGAAUCUCUCCUCAACACCACCAACCGUACUCCCCCGUACAUUGACGCAUUCUAUCUCAAUGAGACCACCCACUCGGUUCAGUAUCUUCGUCUGAUCGACAAUGCCUCCGACCCAAUUCUCAUCGACGUCUCCGACCCUUCAAAGUUGGGAAUCAUCGACAAAACCGGCAACGUAUUGUCCAUCGAUAGCGAGGGUUUACACUUCGCAUCCGCAAAAUGCUCGCCCAAGAUUGACGUCUUUAUCCCUGGAUUCUUUGGGCAGCUUAACACCUUGACAAACUCUACCUGUGGAAACACCACCGAGAUUCCGGUCAACAGCACGGAGCCACCCCGUCUACCUAUAUUCAAAGGAACGCUGAACGAAAGGCAACAGGAAGCAUUUGACGUGACCCUCCAUCUCAAAGAUCAGUGCGGCAAUCCUGCUCGCGCCGAUCUACCGGUAUCAGUCGCGCUAGGCCAUACGCAGUGCGUCGUCCUACCAGGCGCCACGGGAGAUUUCGUCGCCAACUGCGCCUUCCCUGGAAGCGGGAGCGAUUCCAUGGAAUGCGAGACAUCAGUCCAACAGACUCUGGAUCACUUGACCCAAGGUUCUUUGGUGGGAAGCUGUCCGCCACUCACGUCGGUCUGGAGCUUGCUUUUCCGGCAGCUUGGCAGCGUCGUCAACGUCGACGAGUUGCUAAAGCCCUUCAUUGACGCUGGGCUCCAGCUCGGCUCUGAUACCGGACGAGGAAUUCUUGCCGUUUUGGACAGCUUCAUGCAUCUGUACGACUUUUCUGCCGCGACCUUUAAGAAUUCGACUUCAGGCGCUGGAUCUGGUCUGGGUGACAUUGUCGAGGGGUACGGAGUCACCACCAUCAAAACAGAAGUCUGCCGCUCCCUCAUCUCGACCGAGACGUUGAAUCUGACAUUCAUGGCUGGAACCUCCACAACCCCCACGUCGCUCGCAAACAUCACAACCCUGCCCUCGCCGGGACCAGAGUACGCGCGCAACGUCACGGAUCCCACGGCUCUCGCGUGCUGCCCGAACGCGAGUGAGUGUAUCGUCCACGACGGGGAGCGAUUCUACCCUCCCGAGGCCUCGAUCCCCGGCUCCGAUUGCCUUUGCGGCAAGACAUUGGAGGGCGGCGGUAUUGGGUUCCGAACGGGGAGGUGUGUCGGGUAUGAUCAGUGCAAUGCCACGUCUGCGUGCGCUGGAGGUGCCGUGUGUCUGGUUGACAACUGUUGCGGCUUCAACGUCUGUGUGAACGGGACGGAGUGUUCUGCUCCAAAGGUUGGAGGCAUGCGGCUGAGUCUGUUUGAGACGGAGACUUCUGGGGGUCUUUUCUGA